CUAAAAGAAACAAAAACGAACUGCUCUUUUCUGAAACUUGUCAAUUUUGGAAAGAUACUUAUCAUAACUAGCAACACCCCAUAUUGAAAUGCCACAAGUAAAACUAGGUAUAAUCAAAUAUGGAAGAGGUGGUGUUGACAGUCUAGACUAUAGCCAUAUUUCUUGCACACUCGUAAUAUGUGCAUACACCUCCCUGCUUGCUGAAAAGGGCAUCAGUUUGCUUGUACCAAUUUGUAGGAUUACUAUGAAGAUAAACACAAAAAACUUAAGAAAUUCUUCCUGUCUGAUAUCAAAACUGACAGUGCCAAGGGGUCUCUCAACUUUACCCUUAACAACCAUCUCCUUAGUUAGUCGGGCUUGCUUUAGCAGAGCGAGACUCUAAAAAUGCAGGCGUUUUUUUUGUCGGUGGGACCUAGUUUGUGGGCCACUCGUUCCUAGCGGAGACCGUGGAAGCUGGGCAUGAGAAUCGUGACGACUUUUAUUGUAUGCAAAUAAGUCUCGUGAUGAGCAUCACGUUUUAGUGCUAUCGCAAUUUUUUUUCUUCCGUGCAAGAAAUCACACUUUAUCUUUUCCGACAAAACAGGUUUACGUUUCAUGCUUUUAUGGCAUAGCCAGCCGGUAAAAUCGCAAGUGCAAAACAGACAUAACAAUAAGUAAAAACUGUAAACUAAAUUUGAUCUGAAGGGAAUUUGGUUCUGAACUUCACGUGCGAAAAAUUAAACACAGCUGAACGUGACAGAAAGACUAGUUUUGUAAACACGUGUUGCAGGUCAUGGUAGCGCAGAAUCUGAGGAUGAAAAACGACACGAUGUUCUCAUCUGCACGCUUCGAAAAACAACGUACAAUUGUCAGAAUUUAAAAUUUUGAGAACGAAAAUUUGGAAAGAUUAUUGGAUUAUACGGUGUUGUCGCUUACAAAUCUACACACCAUUCGUGGUAGACCACACUAAAAGAUGUCGAGCGUUUUCGGAAUGGGUCGUUCCGCGAAUUCUGUCGUUUGGUCUCGUUUGAAAGCGUUGAUAACUUUGAAAGAAGUGAAUACAUCAGAUGUUGAAAAAAGGAAUAACUUGAAUUAGCAGAACUUCGAUGAUGCGAUUGAAAACAACAAGCAAAUCGUCGUAAAUUCAACUCUCCUGCUCAACAGCCUGAUUCUUUUCCUUUUUUGUGAUGCUAGAUACUUGUAACGAACAAUUUGAUAUUUCGUACAUCAUUAGUCUCGCUUGCGUAAGCAGCGAGACUUCGACCAUUUUGGUCUGAAAAAGCGUAUGGUUUGGCACUCUAGUCUUGAAUUGGGUAUGUUUUUUAGAAGAAGAUACUUCUUCAUCAUUUGGCGAUAAGAUCAUUUCACUUUUAAUAUUUACGCCAACCGUGUACGUGUCAUAACAGCAUGUCACGCGCUCCGGUCACGUGUCGGGCUCCAGGGCUUCAGGUCUGAAAUACGGUAUCAAAUGCUUGAUCAGGUCUAAAAUAGGGUAGGGAAAAUCACAGAUUUUGGUCUGAAAUAGCCAUAGGGUAAGGGUUUCAGGAAGCGUGCCGCACACCCCCACCCAAUUUUUCUGGAAGUACCCCCCCCCCCCCCUUUCACCCCCCCACCCAAUUUUUCUGGAAGUACCCCCCCCCCCCCAUUUUGCCAGGCAACUGUGACUAAGAAUCGUUGCGCGAUCGAAGCCACUCAUGUUUUGCGAAGAAAGCUUAGGAAAGAUUAAAUUUAAAGCUUUUCCGAAACGUGUCGGUCCACGAAUUCUAUCGCUUGAAAUCGUCGAUUACUUUGGAGCAAGUGAACGCUACUAAUACUGACUGGUCUUAAUUAGCAAACUGCGAUGGUCGGGUUUUGUUAACUUUCAUUGUAUGCAAAUGACUCUUGUGAUGAGCAUGCGAUUUAUUUUCGGUGAUGAUUAAAAUGACGUGUCAUGUAAAUCACUUUUUUCAUAUCUGGCAAUGAUGUUAUUUCUCUAGAAUAGAGUCCCUUGAAUUUUCGUGUAUUUAUACACGCGUAUAGCCUGCGACCGCAGACGUAUUGACGGUCGUCGCUAACACGCGUACUAAAUCAAUUCAGAAACAAGUAAAAAGUAUCGACGUCGAUAAAGUAGGGAGCAAAAACCCUUUAGCGAGUAAAUCCUGUUUUGUGUAGAAUUAAUCGCAUCCUCAUUUCUCGAUCUAAUCUCCAAGCAAGCGAGACGGGAAGCCGCUGUAAGCGCCUUCUUGUUUUAGUAAUGUUUAUAGUCAUAAGGUUGUUCUGUGCCCAACUGAGUAUGUUUUGCACUUCUUGGGGAGCUUGGCCUUGGAUUUCCUUUACCAAAACGCUUAAAGUUAGGUCAUCCGCAAACUUAACCAAUGUGGAACUGUCUGAAUCAACAGCUUGUAUAUCACUUAACAUUACAGAAAACAGGAUGGGUCCAAGUAUAGUGCCCUGAGGCACACCUCUAUUGCCAUUUAAUUGUCCGUCAUUCUUGUAUAGGUAUAGUUUUUUGGAGAGAUGCGACGUAUAAGAUACUUUUUUUGUCAUGUUGGAUACUGUAUAUUUGAAAUGAUAAACGUCUGUUUGCAGAGUGCACAGAAAUAUAACAAACAUAUCUCUUGUGUAAUAAGCCUCUAGAAAAGACGUCUCCACCAAAUCAGCACGGCAUCGUAUGCAUUUAAAAGGCUGGUGUACAUAUCCAUCAGUUUGACACAUUGAUGUCAAAAUUUUAAAUUAAUUUGAUAAUAUUCUUACGGAUUAUUAAUUUUAGUUCUUAUGUGCGUAUAAAAUCUAUUGCCUAUAUGAGUUGUAAUUCAUAGGUUUUUUCCGAGUAUCUUUGUACUGAAUGUUAAAGGUUUUUAUUCAUUUGAAAUAGAAUCUCCUCGAGCUUUUGUGUCUCCUUCAAAUCAAACUGUUCCUGAAGGCAAGCCAGCGAACAUUAGCUGUAACGCUACCGGUUUUCCAGAGCCGACAUUAACGUGGACCUUUAGUGAGGAUGGAGAUCUUCCUCAAGGUGUAGUUGUGAAAUACAAUAAAAGCAGAGCAUUCCUUAAGUUGGAAAAUGCUUCAAAACUCAUGACAGGAGCAUACAAGUGUACAGCCAAAAACAAAGCCAAUUCGACAACUGCGACUGCAACUCUUCGUGUAUUGGGUAUGCCUUGGUUUUACACUGCUUACAUUGAUCUAUAUAUUUAUAUUUUUUUUCGUUUUAAUGGAAAAUGCACUUAUCCCCUUAAUCAACAUAGCACUGAGUUGCUUUCAUAAUUAGGAUAUGACUUUUGUGAACCACGUACACUCUUACCGAACUAUAUCUGUGUUGAGCUACACUGUGUUAAACUGUGUUGCUGGGGGCUUGUUUUGGAAGCUUUGCUACUAAGGUAGAAAUAUUUCAUAAACAUUAAAAGGAUAUCCAGGUACAACAAGUAGUCAAAGUAGUGGUGCAUGGCGGUUUUUGUCCGGUUUGAGGACGAGGAAGGACAAGUAAAAUUGUGGCUCACGAAUAAAAUGCGUGAGAAACGUAUUUAGUUUAUGCUAAACAUGUUCAGGCAAGUACUAGUAAUGACGUCACGACACCAUAAGGAGUCGUGUCGAUGUCCAUUUGACAAUUUAGUAAGCUCAUUGUUCUUUCAACAUAAAGGCCCCCAUAAGUCAAACGGGCCAUUUUAAAGGUAAAUUUUCGUAAAAGAAGUUACGAGUUCCUUAGGAUUCCAUCGACAACGUACAUCAUUUUCUUUUACAAUGGCUUUGACCAAUCCUUCCGAUAUCAAAGCACUUCUUAUUUCCUGCCGCUUUCAUUGUCUACCAGUUGUUAAAUUUCCGGAUAACUGAUUCUUGGCGCGCAAAUUGUACAUAGUGACGAGUGUACAACAUAACCAAUUCUACAUAAAUUGGAAAAAAAAACUAUUUAUUUCAACCUUCAUUACAUUACAACUCAAUAAAGAAAAUCAAUCAUCUUCUUCUCCGCCCAUGGAGCAGUUGUAAGGUUUCAUUCGAAAUUUCUUAUGCCGAGUCCGUUUCUUGUGUUUGUCAUGAGCACCAUUAACGUAUCAUCCAAAUAUGAUUUAAAAAUAGUAAACUGCAAAAAGAUUCGAGGCUUGUAACAAACACGCGUUCAAAGCACAAUUGUGCCAAUCAUAUUCACUUUACCAGACUGCUUCAUUCAACAAACGGACUGGCUAUCGAUAACCGCAAAUUCUUGCUCAAUCGACUGUUUGUGAUACAAUCCAUUCCUAACGAUGAAGACUGACCUGCUCUUAUAUGUUAUACUGUGUUUUGUCCUCAUUAAAAGCUGUAUUUCUGCAACAUAUGUAGUUUCUCGUCCUGAAUUUAAUGGCACUGAGCUAUUGAUUAAAGUCUUUUCACGCCUUCUUAUGGUGUUGUGACGUCAUUACUAGUACUUGCCUGAACAUUUUUAGCAUAAAUUAAACAAGUUUCCGGCGAAUUUUCUUCAUCAGCCACAAUUUUACUCGUCCUCCCCCGUCCUAAAACCUGACAAAACCUCCAUGCACCACUACUAGUCAAACAUAUUGGUGGCAAUUUUUCUCUUGCAUUAUAAUCAUUUCUUAAACUUUGAAAUAUAUAUUUAGGUAAAUUUUGAUGAACAUGUGCUGUAGCCUUUGCAGGCUUUUGUUGAAACCAUUGCAAAUUCUUCUUUUUAUGAAUGAAGUUGCUUUAAUUAAGCUGUUUUAUGAAUCAUUGUUUUCAAAAACGUGAAAAUAAUUUCACUCAGGGAGUGCGAGGCAAGUAACCUAAACACUAUGCACGUUUUCCGUACAAUUUCCUUAGUCGGUGUCAAUAAUCAUUUAAAAUUUAAGGGGUAUUUCCUUUACUGCUUUACGAUUCCCUUCUGAUAUUAGGAAAACCUACAGCUGUAAUAGUGGAAAGUUCAUAUCCCACAAUUCUAGCUGGUGAAGACAUUAAGUUAACUUGUAAAGUCACUGGUUUACAAGUGGAAGUCAACUGGAACAAAAACGGCCUCCUAGUAACUAAAAACGAAAAAGUUCGCAUCAGUAGGGUUGGUGACUCAAGUACUCUUGUCAUUAGCAACGUUGGGAGUGAUGACAGUGGCGACUAUUCUUGCGAAGCACGUAAUCCAGCAGGCUACAGUUCCUGGACUGUCAAGAUCAGAGUUACGGGUAGAGUAAUUUUAUUUUCUUAAAAAAAUAGUUGAAAAAAAUAUGGGCGUAACAAGGGCACUAAACAGUUUAACCUGUAUUAAGCAAUCAUCCUCAGGAAUAAUAAUGACAGGAGAUUAAAAAAAGUAGUGUGAGUUGAAGGCACAAGUUUAAUAACUGGUCACAAAUGUAAUAAAGGUCACAAGUGUAAUAACAUUUGGUCACAAUUGUAAUAAACAUCUAAACCGAGCUACAGAAUGGAGUAGGAUCAGGAUACACAGGGCAAUUUUUAAACAACGAUGUGCUAGAAAGUAUCAUUAAGAUUACCUUAAAGUCCUUUCCGUUUAUGAGAACAUCCCUACGAGGUGUAAAUACCUUCAGAGAAACAGUAGACAAGAUGCCUAGCCCUACGGUAUACAUUCCAGAACUUGCAGAAAAAACAGUCGUCAUAAGCAUAAGGAAACUAGUAAUGCUGAAGGGGAGAUGCAGUAGUGCUGUUGAACGCCUUCGGGCAGUUAUUAAAUCCCCUAAAUGGUAUUAUGCAUGGGUGAGGUUAGUUCCUGUAGAAUUUGAAUGGUUUGCAAUAUCUGGCUUUUUUUGGAAGAAUAUUGUAAACACACGUAAAUAGAAAAGCGUGCCAACCAAAGAAGAACAUAUGUUCCUCGUUUAACGCCAAAUAAGGAAGCUUGUUUUUUGGAUUUGCCAAAGACUGAUUACAUUAAAAACUGUUUUCUUCUCAGAGAAAAUUCGUGCUUAGUGUAUUAAUUAAUAGGACUGAUGUUCGGUUCCCAUACUUUUUUGUAUGCACAACUACAGUUUCCCUGCCAUGCAAAGCACGAAAGCAAUUCGAAGUCCUAAUUUGAUAACCACAAGCCUUUCUUUUUCAAGGUUGUAAGUUAAUCUUCAGAUUUAAUGAGAUUAAACCAUUGUUUUGAAGUUAUAGGUUGUCUUAAGUCCUUAUUUCCCUAUAUUGCAACAAUAAAAUUUCCGCCAGGACUGUGUGACGAACAGGUGACACUACAGUCGCAUGUUGAAACUGCUCAAUGUCGUCAUAAACCACUUAGCAAGUUUACAUGUAAUUCGUAUGAGGGUUACCUAUCGUGCUUAACCAAUUCUGGUCUCCUUCGCAGCCGUUCGUCUGAUGCCAUCAAGAAGAGCUAUUUGAGGCAUUUUCCGACCUCUAUCUCGCUUAAAAUUAAAGGUUCCAAACUAUCCGAAACUUUGCAUACCUGUUGAGUAUUACGCUGGUCGUGCUGUUCCUAAAGCUCAAUAAUAGCCUGCGAAGCUCGGACAAAAGACUUUCACCGUCCACUUAAGUUUUGCCUUUCGCUUUCCCCCUCCCUACUUCUUUUGGUUCUCUUCAACUUCCCGUUCUUUACGUUUUUCUUAGACCCCUUUUUCUUGACUGAAUUCCCCUUUGUUUUGGAUAUGAUUUGAAAGUCAUCUUUGCCCUGCACAAUUCAGAAUACAAAGCUAUAUUACCUUUAAUUUAUGUCUCUGAGUGAGUUACUCUUUUAAAUUGUUAAGUUGGUAAUUAUUACAUUUGUGACCAAAUGUUAUUACACUUGUGACCUUUAUUACAUUUGUGACCAGUUAUUACAUUUGUGCCUUCAACAUGAGCUACAUAUAAAAUUUUGUUAUUAAAUAUUCCAGAAAUUUAACUUAAAUAUAAAAAAGCAUUUAUCUGAUGAUAUACAUGACACUAUUUUUAGCAAAAACACUGAAGAGCAGAAGAGUACAAAUAGUUGACGUUCGUUCAAGCAACUUUACGCAGUGAUUUAUUAGUCAUGGUCGGGGCCUUUCUUAACAGGGGAGUCCGAAUUAACGGAAAACGAGUUUUGUUGGUCUUGAGUUCGUUGUGAGUCAGUCUGAGGGUUAGAAACAGUAUUUCUUGGACUCGGCUGCAAUGUAAGAAGGCUAGAUGAACAGGCUUGUUAUGUGAACGGCCGCUGCGGUUGCAAACCAGGACGCAUUCACGAUCGUAUAUCCCCUCAAUAUGGUGCGCUUUCUUUGACUUUACGUAACAUGUUUCAUGAAAUUUUUGAAGAAUCGCACUUGUACCUAAUUAGGUGACAGUUUAACAGCGAAAAAAAGAAAAUAAAAACAUUACCCGAAUGGGAAGUCUACAGUUUGAUAGUGUGAGAUGCUAAUAAAUGGCUGCUUAAUAAAGGGUUGUCUGUAAAGCGUAAAUCGAAGAAGACUUAUACAGUUGUCAGGUGUUAAAGAUUAAAACCUGUUUUAUCAAGUACCAGAGUUAACAUUUUGCCACUCUUACACGCUAUUCCCUUACUUUUUCCACAGCUAUUCCGAGCCAUUCGUCACUGCAGUGGUAUUAUAUUGUUGGCCCCAUUUCUGCCGUCAUAUUUUUUGCACUGUUCGUCUGGUACAUGUGCAAGAGACGACUGAAAGGUGUGACCAUAAACUAUGUCCUCUAAAUAGUCACCAUAGCAACUGACAAAGUUCCCGACAAGAAAAGUGAGCGCCCUUAUUUCCACUUAUAAAGAUGCUACAUUUUGCUCACAGUCUUCUUAACCCUAUUCAGAGUGGGGUAGAGCGUUUGUGGCCUCCCCUCAAGAUAAAGUUGAAUAACUUCACAACCGUUCAAACUAUGACCGCCAAACUUAGGCAAUUUCCUAAAAAUUAUCUGGGAUUAUGUUAGAGUUGCCGCAACGAGUACGUCAGCAUGACGUUACCAUCGCGAGCAACGUUUGACCGUUAUGUUCUUUUAAAAAGUUGCAUUAUUCCUAUAAAAAAGAUUGUUUUCUAUGUUGAAUUAUUGAACUAUCGUGUUGCAGUUGAUUCAGGAGAAAUUUUUAUGCGCGCUCUCGUAAUUCGCUCGCUCGCUCACUCAACUAUUCCUAAUCGAAAUAAAGGACUAUUCUUGGUUUAAUAGUUCUUGCUGCUGGUUUUCAACUUACUUACAGACUGUCAUUUUUGCAAAUAUCUAAUUGUUAUUAUUUUUGUCAUUUUGCACGGUUUUCUUGGUCUUCCAACCCUUUCAUUUCCUAGUACCAGGUGACCUCCCGUCUCCAUAGCAUUGUUAUUAGUAUUGCUUUGCCCUUUUAAACAUAUUUAAAAAACGUUGUAUUGACUAGUUAUUUUUUUGUCUUCGUUUCUUCUUCAUGGGGAACAGCCAAGGACAAGUAAGUGUCAUAAAAUCUUUAAACCCUGCAUUAUAUCUUUUUGAGGGGCCAAGUAAAUACUUUCAUCCACUGGAGCAAAGCUUCCUUUUGUCUUCUUUACCGAGGAGAAAAAGAAGCUCUGCCCAAAUCGCGUCAAGCCUUUGAGGCCGCCGCAGCCCAAACUUCUGGGGUAGUCAUCUCUUUUUCUCUUUACAAAUUAUUUUUCGAGUACGAGCAUCCGUUUAAUGUUAAACCGCGUUUGCUACAGCCGAGCCCGCUGUAGCAAACGCACGGCUAUUAGGCCUGGGUUCAAAUAUAUUAGCAACAUGCGCGCAUGCUCAACAAAGAUCUUACUCGAUUCAAGCACAGUCUUUCUCGAGUACACCAAAAUCGAGCAAGCGAAAGAAGGGUUUUGCUGGCAGGGUGAUAUGUUGAAGAAUACGAUUAAACUAACACUUUCAAAACUGAAGAAGAGCACCGAAAAUAUUAUAUAUCUAAAUUGAUAGUAAAGUAUUUUCAAGUAAUUAAAAUCUUUAUACAGGAAGUCACCAUCACCCAUGGGUGGUUUUCAGACGAGACCUGUCACUAAAUUAAAACUUUACUAAACAAUAAAAACACCAAGUACGUAAAAAAGACAAUAAAAGGUACAAAGUGUCAUUGUUCCUGUCAUUAUACUACUACAUGAGAAACUUCUGCAUUUUUUUUUGGCUUAGAGCAGUGGUAUCUAAGCUUAAUUUGAAAUACCUACGUGUGAAAAUUACAAACCAUUUGCGGGUAGCAGUAUAAACAAAUAAUAGCAUCAUUUGUGCGUGAUAUUUGGCGUAAAUACCACUCGUGAUAUUUAUGCCAAAUAUCACUACAAAUCAUGCUAUUACCUGUACAAGUUAUGCUUAAAGAUGUAAAACUGGCAUGCGCGUUUGGUAAUUGUGGACCAAAGACCCACUAUUAAAAUGAUAAAAAAAAAUUGAUCCCGGUUAACGUUCUUCCUGUCGUAUUGUUUUAGUUUGUCUGCUUUCUUGUUUUUUUUUCUUUGUUUUUUCCCCCGUGAUGUUUAGUUAUAUAUUUCUUUUCUUUUUUGCUUCCAACGCUUCCGUGUUGAAGUCGUCUUGCAUAAUUAUACUCAAUCACAGUGCUCUUAGUAAUAGCUUUUUGCCACCUAUUCACCUUUGCAGUCUCGCUGAUGAACAUCCGGGAAUAGAACUGGAGGAGUUGGUUCACGAGGUGGAUGAAUGGGAGGUUUCACGUGACCGUAUAAAGCUAGAAAAUAUGAUUGGUUUUGGGGCAUUUGGAGCAGUCUGGAAAGCAACCUUGAAACAAUCAGACAAAAAGCAUGUAGCACAGACGGUGGCAGCAAAACACUUCACACGUGAGUCAGUUCAACAUAUUACACUAGACACCUUUAUCUUUGAUUGUGAGCAUGACUGUGCCUUAGAUAAUCGCUAUUGUGGCUUGCCCUUAGUGUCAUGUGGCGCCUUUAACAACCAAAGCUGACUGAAUUUGCUCUCAUCACUUCUGUUGUAGCGACUGCUGGAGAAGAAGGAAGAAAAGCUCUUAUGAAGGAGAUUGAGUUAGGAAAAAGUCUAGCAGAAAGUCCACAUAUUAACGUUGUCAAAUUCACCGGCUGCGUUACGACACAAAGUAAAAAUCCUCAUUCAUUAUCCUUUUAAACACGAUAUUUCGUCUUCAUUUUCUUUUUCUUUUUCAUAUAACAUACUAUAGCUACAAUGGAAUAUUCACUGAUUUGGAUUGUCUCUUUACAGUUCACCCAAUAAUGAUCAUGGAGUACAUGGCAUAUGGAGACUUGCU